GGCCGGCCCUUCAUCUUUAUUUUCAUUAACUUCUCAUUGGAGUGUAGCAUGUCCUCUCACAUCCUGCCAAAGCAGGCAUCAACCAGUCCUGUGACUUUGUCAUUCGUGGAAAUUAAAGAGAAUUUCAUAUCACAUCCUGGUCAUGGCAGACACCUCAAAACACCACUUACACUCAUCUCAACUUGGAAAUUGCAGUAAUUAGUAGAGCCCUCGUGAAUCAGGAUUACUUAAUGUGUUCACAAAAAAGUGUAUAUUUUUACAUCACAUAAUAAAAUAUUUUCACAAUCAUAUAUCAGUCUGACGGGUUUCUUUUGCAAUCCUGUGCAUUUUUUUUAAAUGCAUUUGCAGCUGCCCCCUACACAGGAAGCCCCUGAAGAAUUAGAUCAGAAUCAGGAGGUGGUUUAAGCAGAUUAGUGAAGACCUAAACUGGCCUCCUUAGGGUUCCUAAUCCUGGGACAGCAGCCAGCCAGCAGGCCCAAGGCCACACAAGGUCCCUCCACCCUGCCCCCAGCCCCCAGCCACCGUGCCAUGGCCUCCCUGUUCUCUGGCCACGUCCUGAUCCAAAAUAAUAGUGACCAGGAUGAGCUGGACACAGAGGUGGAGCUCAGCCGCAGGCUGGACAACCGGCUGGUACUGCUGUUCUUCGGUGCCGGGUUGUGCCCACAAUGCCAGGCCUUCGCACCUGUCCUCAGAGACUUCUUCGUGCAGCUCACAGAUGAGUUCUAUGUGCUUCGGGCAGCCCAGCUGGCCCUGGUGUACGUGUCCCAGGACCCCACGGAGGAGCAGCAGGAUUUAUUCCUCAGGGACAUGCCCAAGAAGUGGCUCUUCCUUCCCUUCGAGGAUGACCUAAGGAGGGACCUCGGACGCCAGUUCUCCGUGGAGAGCUUGCCGGCAGUCGUGGUGCUCAAGCCGGGUGGGGACGUACUCACUCGCGACGCGACCGUCGAGAUCCAGCGCCUGGGCCCCGCCUGCUUCUCCAACUGGCAGGAGGCAGCGGAGGUGCUAGACCGCAACUUCCUGCAGCCGGAGGACCUGGACGACCCCGCACCGCGCAGCCUCACUGAGCCGCUGCGCCGCCGCAAGUACCGCGUGGGCCCGGCGGCGUGGGGCGGAAAGCGGGGCCGGAAGGCUGUUCUGACCCCAGGGGUGGGGCGUACCGGAGUGGGGAUUGUAGGAUGACACGCCCGAAGAGGAGGAGGGAAGGGAGGUCGUUUUGACCCCUGUGUUUCCCCUCAUACUGAGAACAAAAUUCAAACGCUUGACAGUGACCCUGGAGGGCCCGCGUGAUCAGACGGGAGAGAACCGACGGACCGGGGGGCGGGUCUAUGAUGCGCCCUCCCCACCCCGCUAGUGGGCGGGGGCGGGGGGCUGCCCUGAGUUCCCCGCAAGGUGGAAAGCUGACGGGCGAAGGGGAAUCUGUGUUGAACCCCAACUGGGUGGGAGGGAAGGGAGCCGGGCGAGGGAAGGGGACCACUCUGAGUUUCGGCCAAGAGGGUGGGGCCCCAGCACUAGGCCAGAGCAGGUGUCAGGGGACUGUUCUGAGUUCCCCGGAAGCAUGGAAAGGCGGAGGGGUAGCGAAUAGGGAGAAUCUUCUUGAGGUCCUCCCCCCAGGAGGGGAUGGGGCUGUGAUGAGAUCCCGGGGAAAGGCAGGGAGGGACCUGGGGGGAGUGUGGGACCUACUGCAGUGCUGGUGGCUGAGAUCUCCCUAUGAGACAACCCCCCCAGGAGGAUGCGGGCCCAGGGCUUGUCCCGGUCCUCCAGUGGCGUGUAGCCUUCCGGCAGGAGCCCCAGAAAUAUUUUUAAGACCUGGAGAAGGUAAAAUGGUUAAUGGUUCCAAAAUGGGAAAAUGCAAAUAAAAUCGAAUAAUCUGGCUGAGCACUCUCAGCCCAUCGUACGUUAAAUGAGUUGCCCACAUAUUUCGCACGCAAAAUUAUAACAGUGAUCUAACAACAGAUUUAUAGUUUAUAUGGGAUGCAUUUCAAUUUUUGGUGCCAUGUAUGCUGGGGUCCCGGGCCUCGAGGACAGGAAUCUCUGUCUCUGGUGAACCCAGAAUAUUCCCGGGAGAAGACAGAAGAAUUGAGAAAAAAAACUCCAGUCUGGAACCACUUCCCAGCUGUGUGACUGUUCUCUCCCACACGUCACCUCCCCUCUCUAAGCCCCCUUUCUUUCUUCUAGAAAAUUACUCUAAGGCCAGGUCCUACCUAGCAGGUCAGUCAACAAGCCAGAGCUGUAGUUCUCUCGGUGCUAUGAACCUCUUCGCUUUGCCUCUUGGUCGCCUGGCCGCGAUAUCUUGAAGCGUGCCCUAGGGGGGCGGAGCCAAGCAUGUAAAUGUAAGCCCCUCCCCCAGUGCCCAAUCUCCGGGAAAGAUGAGACGACGCUCCUGGUGCCUGGGAGAGACCUGGGGACUGGACAAGUGCCUCGUUUCAUGCACGCCCCUAACCCCCAAUCUCCAGGCGAGGACAUUGAGGAUCAAGUCAGUGAUGCCAUCUGUCUCAGGUUCCAGCCACAGUUUUUCUUUUGUGAACCUCAGUAGGCCCACAUGUGCAUCAGUGUAUCUAAUACUAGGUCACAGGCUCACCAGCAGCUUUUAGAAUAACAAGUUUUAAAAUGUCCUUUCAGAGUAAACCACAGGACAUGCUACCCAUUAAUAUCUUUACUAUUAUUCUUGCCAGCACACGGGGGUGGCCAGACCCUCGCCCCUGGGCGGAAAGUCCACUCCCUAUAGUGUCAGACUGUGUGAUAUGGACAAGUCGUUGGCCCUGUCAGGGUCUCAUUCUCCCCAGUAAACAGGAAUCAUAAUCCCUCAUCCCCACCCAUACCUGUCUGGACUGUAAUAAGGAAGGGACAGCUUGGCACCUGGUCAAGGCAGAUGGAAUCGCCCUCAGAGUGUCACCCACUUGCAGGGUUAACUUUUCAAAUUGAAGCCAAGCACCCCCCAAACUAGAAAGUCACCCAGACACCAAAGGAAGGGCCAGGUUUUGGUAUGUGUGACCCCCCUCCCAAGUCCCCAGCAAAUAAUGGUGAAAGACAGUGCUGUAAAGACCUUUGUCCAUUUUUGAACUUGUCCCUUUACUUGUCUGGUUUAGCGUGUGUCUCCACCUUCCCACCAGGCCAUGAGCCCCAUCCAGAAGGGCAAGCUGGGCCUGCCUUAGUCACCACUGGAUCCCCAAAGCCUGGGAACGGAUAUAGGGAGGGCUCCCCAUCAAUGCAUUUCAAAUGAAUAAAGGCAACUGUCUCA